GGAUUGGAACACCUUAAUCACAUGAUAUGGAGGGGAUUGGAACACCUGAAUCACAUGAUAUGGAGGGGAUUGGAACACCUGAAUCACAUGAUAUGGAGGGGAUUGGAACGCCUGAAUCACAUGAUAUGGAAGGGAUUAGAACACCUGAAUCACAUGAUAUGGAGGGGAUUGGAACACCUGAAUCACAUGAUAUGGAGGGGAUUGGGACACCUGAAUCACAUGAUAUGGAGGGGAUUGGAACACCUGAAUCACAUGAUAUGGAGGGGAUUGGAACACCUGAAUCACAUGAUAUGGAGGGGA